AUGCCCGAGCGGGGCGCGCGCACCGGAUGUUACGUUCCUGCCCCGGCCGCCAGGCUCCUCCCUUUCCGUUUCCGGCAGCAGCCGCGAGAGCAGGGCGAUGUCGGCCCAUCUGCAGUGGAUGAUCGUUCGCAACAGCUCCAGCUUCCUCCUCAAGCGGAACAAACAAACCUACAGCACCGAACCGAACAACUUGAAGGCCAGAAACUCCUUCCGCUACAACGGGCUGAUCCAUCGCAAGACAGUGGGCGUGGAGCCCGCAGCGGACGGGAAGGGGAUCGUGGUGGUGCUGAAGAAACGGGCAGGCCAGCGCAAGCCAGCCACUUCCUAUGAGAAGACGACCAUUAACAAGAACGCCCGGGCUACGCUCAGCAGCCUGCGCCACAUCAUCCGCAAGAACAACUACCGCAAGGAUCUGCGCAUGGCUGCUCUGCGUCGCGCCAGCGCCAUCCUGCGGAGCCAGAAGCCAGUGGUGGUGAAGAAGAAGAGAACCCGGGCUACCAAGACAGCAUGAAUGGCUAGCAUGUCCCAAUAAAGGGUGCAAACC